CGCUAUGUCACCGUUUCGCGUUGCUAGAAAGCUGGUAGCCUUAAAUCUCACCGGGAUUGUGGCAAGCGAAGACUCAUUACACGGCGAGCUGUGGAGAUGUUCGAAAAGGUGACAUCUGUUAUCUUCCCGAAAAAGUUGAUAAAUAAACACCACCCAGCCUUCGAUCAUCUCUGUCGUCUAGGAACAUACAUACUGUCCGUACAUAUCUAAAUAAAAUUUGUCUUCAUACGCUCGCUCAAGGUUUUUGAGUCGAGCUUUCCCCACCCUUAAGCAGAUAUCUACCUAAAGGCCCUCGUGCGUUGCGAGCCAUACCAUUUUCACGUUGCUGCACCGCCACGAUGCGGCAUUUGACAUUGCUAGGGCUGUUUGCAUGUGCGGGAACUGCAUUGGCAUCGGGGUUCCCGCGCGUGGUCAAAGACGAUGGCGAAAACGAAUUGAUAUGCCAUACCAAGAACGCAACCGACUGUUACCCCAAGAUCUUCCAAGCGACGAAGGAGUUCCAACCAGUACGCGCAGACCAGGACAUACCGCCUGGCCUUCACGUCCGCCUGAACAUACAGACGGGAGAGAAGGAGGCAAAACUCAAUGACCCAAAUGAGAAGAGACCAGACUUAGAGGGUCUGCCUGUUGACAGCUCCAUCGUUCUCGUCGAUCCAGAAGAGGGUGUCGAGAGGCCGAUUCCGGCCGGCGCUCCGAAAUACGAGCCCGUCGGUAAGGUUAAGGAGCAGAUAGGACCAGAAGCCGAGCAAUUUCAUCAAGCGUUGGCCGUUUUGAAGGCGGGCCACGUAAGCAAUGGCGUGGACUUUGAUGACGCCCUCGACAAGCUGAAUGAGCUUUCCCACGACAUGUACUUCGGCUCGAUCAUUGCGCAGGACCUUGACAUCCUCCGUUCGCUAUUGUGUAUUAUGAGCACAAAGGAUGCAUUUGUCAAGGAUUCAGCAUCUUCGAGUGUCCCUCGCGCCCUCCGGGCAGCUGGGACCAUCUCGGCCGCACUGCAGAACAACCCUACGGCUCUCAAGGCUGUGGAGAAACAUUGGCCGGCUCUGAUGGAGGCGAACUGCUCCAGCGACGGGGAGCGAGUCUCGCUUGGUAGUCUUGUCUUUUCUACCAUUCAGCCAGGCAAAGAGAUUCUAACUGCUUCUGGCCGGGACCCUGGACCGGGCCUAGUCAAAGCAAAGCUUUCUGCUGUCAAUGGUCUCUUGAAGAGUUCUGAGAUACGUCAAUUCUUCCUGGAUCAGAAUGGGAUGCAAGAGAUUCUGCGCGUCCUCAUCGUCAAAGAUCCCGAGUACAACGACGCCCAAGUGAGAGCAGCGAAUUUGGUGUCCGAUACAUUCCUGGACGAAAGCAUGGGAGCUAUCAUUGGACAGUGGCCGUCAAAAGCAGCGUCUAGUGCUGCCUACUGUGAAGUGACGGGUAACGCUAUGCAGGAUGUGUGCUGGGACUACCAUAUUGCAAAAACUGCUGCUGAUACCACGUCGGAUUCGGACCAUUGGAGUGGUUCUUUGUUGAGUAUGCUUCGGGAUCAACUGAAGGCAAACGGCAAGGGGUCAGGAGAGAAGACAGGUCAUGAUGAACUGUAAAUACGAGUGAAUAUAUCAAAAUACAUAAUAGCGUCGCGUUUAUUUUUUCUUUUUCUUUUAUUCAGAAAUAAGAUUUUCAUACGUCGCAGCCUUGGCCAUCAAUGAUUUUGACAUCCAAUGUCUUCGGUAGGUA